AAAAUUGUGUUUCUAAUUCGAUUGACAAUACAGAUAUUUAUAUUAAUGUGUUAAUCGAAGAUAAUUUUGUGUUUUUAUUAAGUGUUAUUUUCAAUAAGACUUCACGAUGGCUAAGGUUCUUAUUUUGAUUGUGAUGCUGCCGCAGCUAUUUUGCGCGCUGUUACAAGUAUCUGGGCAACAAUCUUCAUGUCAUCAAUACUUCACAUAUAUAUUCGAUCCUGCGACGAGUCAAGUGAUGGGUCAGAUCCAAAUUCUAUCCCCGCCAAAAAACGUCGAACUUUAUUUGAAAGUGACAUUAAGCAUAGCUGUUGCGCUACCCACGAACUAUGUUGGUCUAUUGAAAGUGGCGCAAUCGAAAGAGGAGUUUGCUCUGAUGGAUCAAAGGGAUAAACCUUUGUUGUAUCACAUUCAUUUUCCUUUGUCUCAUCCGAUACCAUUACUGACCGGAAUAUGGUUUAACGACCAAAAAUAUUGUUCAGGUCCUCACGCAACGGGACAAGUCGUGACUUCCAUUACGCUGGAUCACACUUUGUAUCAGUCUUCUGUGUUGCCGCACUCACAGAAUUCUUAUGAUUCGCCGCAGCAAAAUCCGGACAUAAAUUUUCAAUCCAGUAUCUUUUUGCCGAAUCCGCAGCCGACAGUUCCAGUUUAUACGUCAACGUUACAUACACCUGUCACUCAGCUUCCAAAAGAAUCUAUCGCCGUUCAACCUACGAUCACUUCUACCGAUGAGAUCGACAACAAUCCAUUUUUAAGGCCACCACCUGUUCAACAAAGUUAUAUCUAUGAAUGCGGUAUCAGCAAUCAGCCAAUCACCAACAAUAUUAAUCCGCUAAUCUCCAAGGGAAUGAAGACAUCACCGGGUCAGUGGCCGUGGUUAGUGGCCCUUUUUCUCGUGAAAAUCAAGUUUGAGUUUCAAUGUGCCGGAUCCAUUCUGACUCAAAAACACGUUAUAACAGCGGCACACUGUUUUAAGCUGGACGCCCAAACCAAUAUCCCUCCCAGUGCGAUGUUGGCCUCUUUGGGACGAUAUCGUCUGCAGGAGUGGCAUGAAGCGGGAUCCCUGAAUAUUGAGAUUGCGAGCUAUACGCUCCAUCCCGACUACAAUCACAGAGGCAGUGGUGACUCUGAUUUGGCGAUUUUGACUUUGAGGACUCCCGUCGAGUUCAGUCCUAGGAUCAAACCUAUUUGUAUGUGGUAUAACUCGAUCGAUCUGCAGAGCGUCGUCGACAAGGCAGGAUAUGUCGUAGGGUGGGGUAAGGACGAGUUGGGCCAUGCUUAUGUCCAGGAACCGCGAAUGGCAAAAGUGCCGAUAGUGAGUCAGGAGUCAUGUCUUUGGAGUGACCAGCGUUUCGUCAGCUUCACUUCGAAUCGCACUUUUUGCGCUGGUAUGCGAGAUGGCAGUGGUCCUUGCAAUGGUGAUAGUGGAAGCGGACUGAUGCUUUAUGAUUCUUCCACGGGUCGUUAUCAACUGCGCGGCAUCGUUUCACGAUCGCUGUUCGAUUAUAAUGAGCAGACUUGCGAUCUCACACAGUACGUCGUCUUCGUUGACGUAGCAAAAUAUUUGUCCUGGAUUUACCAACAGAUCUCUAUGUAAUAUACUCUCAUAAUCUUACCGCAGAUGUGUAAAAUGUGCUACUCGACAAAUUUUUCUGUACUAAUUUGUAUAAAAUUU